AUGGACCCGUCCAGCUACCCAUGUGGCCUCAAGCCUGGACAAGCAACUUUGGACGCCAUUGGAGGAGCGCACAAACUACAAUCAUGGUCCUACAACAUUCUGACAGAUAGUGGCGGUUUCCAGAUGGUCUCGUUGCUCAAACUCGCCAAGGUUACCGAAGAGGGUGUGAGGUUCCUCAGUCCACAUGACGGCACGCCAAUGCUGCUCACGCCCGAGCACUCAAUGUCGCUGCAGAACAGUAUUGGCUCCGACAUCAUGAUGCAGCUCGACGAUGUCAUUGCCACGACUUCUCCGGACCACGCCCGCAUCAAGGAAGCCAUGGAACGCUCGGUGCGGUGGCUGGACCGGUGCAUUGAAGCACACAAGAAACCGGAGACACAGAACCUGUUCUGCAUCAUCCAAGGCGGCCUCGACCUCGAUCUCCGCAGAAAAUGCUGCGAAGAGAUGGUGGCGAGAGACACGCCCGGCAUUGCCAUUGGCGGCCUCUCUGGAGGCGAAGCGAAGGAGUCAUACUGCCAGGUCGUGAAGACGUGCGCCGAGCUGCUUCCGGAAAAGAAGCCCCGGUACGUCAUGGGCGUGGGUUAUCCUGAAGAUCUCGUGGUCUCGGUCGCUCUUGGCACAGACAUGUUCGAUUGCGUGUGGCCUACUAGGACUGCUCGCUUCGGGAACGCCAUCACGGCGGCGGGAGUGCUGAGUCUGCGCCAUGCCUCGUACGCAAACGACUUCUCGCCGAUUGAGGCAGGCUGCGAGUGCACGUGCUGCAGGCCGGCGGCCGCCGGCGGGCUGGGCAUCACGAAGGCAUACAUCCAUCAUCUCGCGGCAAAGGAGACGGCGGGUGCGCACCUCCUUACCAUGCAUAAUGUGCACUACCAGCUCGCGCUGAUGCGGUCGGUGCGCUCGGCAAUCAUCGAGGAUCGCUACCCUGAUUUCCUGCGCGACUUCUUUAAUAAGCGCUACCCGAGCAAAGACUACCCCUCGUGGGCCGUCGACGCGCUCGCCGGUGUGGGCGUGCAGCUUUCGUAG